CAUCCCUAUGCCGUUUUAUUAUUAUUGUUUGUAUACUUGCUGCUAAAAGAUGCAUUUAAAUGUUGUCUACGUCACUGUUGGCACUACAAAAUUCGAUGCACUAAUUGAUGCCAUGUCCUCAAACCAGGUGCUGUGCGCAUUGCAAGAUCUCAAAUGCCAAAAGCUUGUGCUGCAACAUGGAAACUCCACACCGGUGGCCGAGUCCGAAAUUCGGCGUAUCAAUGAGAAUUAUGGCAUUCAAGUGGAGCAAUACAAAUUUCGCCCUAAUGUGGAGGAUAUUAGGGCUGCUGAUCUGAUCAUUGGACAUGCUGGCGCCGGUACAUGCAUGGAUAUAUUGAAUAAUGGCAAGGCAGGACUAAUCGUAGUCAAUGACGAACUGAUGGACAACCAUCAGCUGGAAUUAGCGCGUCAAUUGGCAUCUGAGAACUACUUGUACUACUGCAGAGUGCACGAGGUUGGCAGUAAAAUAGGCAAUUUGGACUUUGGAGCUCUAAGGCCCUACGAACCAGCCACAAAGAAUAUGCAAAUGUUUAUAGACGCAUUAAAAGAACUGAUGAGCCAAUAGUA